AUGGAAGCUAGAGUUGAACUGAAGCAGAAGAAAGCUACUAGUUGUGUUGCACGUAUAAAGCAAUCUUUGCGACCAACAAUAUAUCAACAAUCAUCAUUUACAUCACCCACAAGCAAGGUUGUCAAAAAAAUGAGACUAGAGAAUUAUGAAAGCAAAAGAGUAAUUGUUGGUCCUCAUAGUGGACACUCCUUUCUGAGGUAUUAUUUGAACUAUAAGAAGAGUGGAAGACCUAAACGUGUGAUGUUCUAUAAUAAUUGUGAAUGGUUGGAUUAUCCUAGAGAUGUUGUUAACCUGGUUAAGAAUGAUUUUGAAAUAAAAAAUGCAGUCGUGGAAAUAAGGUUAAAUGGACAUGAACUUGUACUAGAUUUUUUGCACAUGUGUCAGGUGGACUUAAAAACUGGUUUGCAGCAACCAAUAGCAUGGACUGAUGAGGCAGGGGACUGCUUUUUCCCUGAAGUCUGUGUUGCUUUUGAUGGUAAAUCUUAUAACUUAUGUGAACAUGAGGGUAUGAACUUGUGUAUUAAAAUUGAAGUGAACGAGGAUGAUGAAUCCGAGCUGAGGGAGAAUAGUGGGGAGCCCAAUGUGUUAGUUAAGGAUACUCAAGUGGAAAUUGGAACUAGGAUGAAAGGAUUGGGUUGUGGAAAUGUCGGUGAAUCCAUUCUGCAUAAUAAAGUAGGUCUAGUUCCUUACGCUAAAUAUGUACAAGGAAAAUUGGAUUUGAAUUAUGUACAGAAGAUGUUCCUUAAUGGAAUGAGUAGUUUUGGCAAUAUUGAUUUUGAGAUAGUGGAGGCAUAUCAUUGUUCACCUGCAUCAAUGCAACAACGGUUAGAGCUAUUCUUGACCCAAGCAAAAAUCACAAAAGAAUUACAUGGGGAUGCAAAUGUUCGAUAUGCUUGGUUUCCUUUUUCUAAAGGAGAAUUAUCUACAAUGAUGAAGUAUGGACUUGGGCGUUGUGCAUUAUGUGCAACCAAAUGCUCAUACGGUGCUGGUGUUCAUCUUUCAGAUGUUACUUGCCCUUAUGCCAGUGCUCGUUAUUGUGAUAUUGACGAAAAUGGUGUUCGACACUUGGUUUUUUGUCGCUUAAUAAUGGGGAACAUGGAAGUUCUUCAUCCUAGCAUUGACACCGCCACUAGUCAGUUUCAACCCAGCAACUCUGAAUAUGAUACUGGAGUGGAUGACAUACAAUGCCCAAGAUACUAUAUUGUAUGGAAUAUGAAUAUAAACACUCACAUUUAUCCAGAAUUUAUUAUUAGUUUCAAGGUCUCUGUGGAUGUUGAAGGUCAUUUUUGUGGAACUCUCGGAGAGAGUAAUGACUCAGGUGCUAAUUCCUUUGGGCCCAAUUCGUCUAGUCAAGGUUCUAAUGACUUGCUACUGUCAAGCUUUUUAGUGGAUAAUGGAAUAGCUACUAAUGGGGUUGCAAGCACCCAAAAAGUUCCAAAAUCUCCUUGGCUACCUUUUUCUAUGCUUGUUUCUGCUAUCGGUGACAAGGCUCCUCCUAGUAAUAUGAGUCUUAUCAAGUCACAUUAUGAACUAUACAAGGCAAAGCAUAUUUCUCGUGGUGAUUUUGUGAAGGAGUUGAGGUUGAUAGUUGGAGAUAAUUUAUUGAGAGCUACAAUAAUAAGUCUUCAAUUCCGGAUACCAUCAAAUGUUGAAUUGGAAGGCUCAAAUCAGAAUGAAGUCUGA